CUGGCCGCUGCCGCUCCCACGCCGCCUGGCGCCGGCUCCGCGUCACUGCCGUCUCGUGUCACUCUCCAGGCAGUGAUGGCGGAGGUGGACGAGACCGAGAUCAUGAUGAACUACCACGGAGACUUCUUGAAAGGCGACAAGAAAGACAGCCGCUACCCGUACUGCAUUGUCUGGACGCCUAUUCCUAUUUUAUCGUGGGUGCUGCCCUUCAUCGGUCACAUGGGUAUAUGCACCUCUUCUGGAAUCAUACGAGAUUUUGCAGGAUCAUACUUUGUCUCGGAAGACAACAUGGGCUUUGGUAAACCAACAAAGUAUUGGAAGCUUGAUGUGGACAAAGUUUGUAGUAAUGGUGCUGCUACAUGGGACAAAGCAGUGCAUGACGCCUCUGAGGAGUACAAAUGUAGGCCGCACAAUCUGUGCUUAGAUAACUGCCAUUCCCACGUUGCCAUGGCCCUCAACCUUAUGCACUACGACAACAGCACGUCUUGGAACAUGAUGAACCUGUGCGCGCUGUCUCUUAUUCGUGGAAAACAUGUGAACUGGGCUGCGUUCCUCAAGACCUGGCUGCCCUUCUUCAUGCUCUGCGGAGUCCUCGGCACGUUCAUCCUAACAUUCAACCUCCAGUAGUGGAGCGAGAAGUUCAACGGGAUGACUCAUAGACUUUGUUUAUACUCUAUAUAGUAUUAUUGUCUGUUGACGUGUAUUUGUACAGAACAUUACAAAUGAAGGACUUUGUUGUGUGUUGGUGAUGUAGGGAGGGCAUUUAAGGGCAAACCCUUGUUCAGUUUUGAAAUCAAAAUGAUGUUUUAAUGGUGAAUAAGCUUCAAAAUUCACCAUCACUGAUUUUCACACAGUGGAUUCUGUGCUUCUGUUUUGCUUAUUAAGAAUUAUACGAGUAUUACGCCACAGUGGAGCAAUACUGUUGAAUCCAGAGAUGUACUUUUUUUCCAAGAAUAGCAGUGAUGAAUGUGUUUCUGCUCUGGCUGAUGUACAUUUCAGUAAUUAAUCACUACCGAAUGGAUCAAGAUAUCUUAAUGCUGAAAGUAUUCAUCAAUUAUUCGUCCACGAGAUAUGAGCCGCUGCCAAAGAUAGAAAUGAUGUAGGACGCACAUGUGAAAAAUGCCCUCCUUCAUUCAAUCCUCUCUACUCUGGUGUAUAAAGACAAACAUGUGCAGUGUUUUCUAUGCAUCAUUUGUUUCUCUCCAGUCAGUAUUUAAAUGCGUUGUAACUGUGAAUCCCAAUGUUGGAAUGUUACUAAACCUCUAAUUAUGAACAAUACCACAUUACAUUAUGUAUUAUUUAUUUCACCAUUUUGUUUUUGAUGCUAUGUACCCAAAAGAGUAUUAUUAGUUAUUGUAUCAGUUUGAUAUUUCUGUUUCUGUAACCUUAUUGGUGGCUGUGCUAUAAAGCUGAAGUCUCCCCUGGCAGACUGGUGUAGGUCACAGACUGUGGAUGCCCUAAUCGUCCUCUGCACCUUUAAGGGAACCACGUAACUUUUUCAUCCAGCAAACUCUGCGUGAUAUGAACUACCAUCAAUUUACGGGAACCUUUAUUUCCAGAGAGGAGCAGAUGAGGAGGGGUUUCAUGCUGGAGCUCUCUUUGUCGCCUCUGCAGCUAUUGCUUAGUUAGUAAUAAGAAAAGCUCUAUUUAAAAUUUGACUUGUUAAUUCA